UGAUUAAUUACUGUUUGUUUUGUGGGCGAGCCCCUCGCGUGCUGGUCUUGUCGUUUCCCUUGGAACCAUAGAAGGCAAGAGUCCGGAGCUGCGGAACGGGGCGUUGGGAAGGAACAUCUUCCAUCUGUAUCUGAUUUAUAAUGAGUGCCAAAUCUGCUAUCAAUAAAGAGAUUUUUGCACCACAUGAUGAAAGGAUGCUGGGUGCAGUCCAAGUAAAAAGGAGAACGAAGAAAAAGAUUCCUUUCCUGGCAACUGGGGGUCAGGGUGAAUACUUAACCUACAUUUGCUUGUCAGUGACAAACAAGAGACCUGCACAAGCAUAUAUUACAAAAGUUAAACAAUUUGAAGGUUCUACAUCUUUUGUACGAAGGUCACAAUGGAUGCUUGAACAGCUUCGCCAGGUUAAUGGUUUAGAUUCUCAUCGGGAUUCCCCAGAAUUUGAUUUAUUGUUUGAAAAUGCUUUUGACCAAUGGGUGGCAAGUACAGCCUCUGAGAAAUGUACAUUUUUUCAAAUUCUCCAUCAUACUUGUCAACGGUAUCUUACAGACAAAAAGCCAGAAUUUAUUAAUUGCCAGUCUAAAGUUAUUGGAGGAAACAGCAUAUUACAUUCAGCAGCAGACAGUGUGACAAGCGCAGUACAGAAAGCAAGCCAGGCUUUGAAUGAGCGCGGUGAAAGAUUAAGUCGAACUGAAGAAAAGACAGAGGACAUGAAAAACAGUGCUCAGCAGUUUGCAGAAACUGCACACAAGCUUGCCAUGAAACACAAGUGUUGAAAACGAUUGCCUGGAGAUCUUUCUAAAUGGAACUGCAAAAAUAGGAUUGUCCGUUUUUAGUGAAAAUGCAAGUCUGUGUCUCUUUUUUUCCAACGAUUGGUAAUCAGUUCCAAUUAUCAUGUAGGAAAUUAGUAUUCCUACUUUUUCUAUUGCUAUGCCAUUCAAUGUCUGUCUUUUUUUAAUAUUUAAAAUGAGAUGGUGUUAAUAUGUAAAUUGGACCAAAGGAUAUAUUGAACUGCACUGAUCUGCAAGAAUCUAUUGUUCCCAUUAUUGUGUAAGGAUACAGUAUUUUAGCUGCAAGAAAGGUGAUCAAGUCACAGUGAAAUCCAGUAAUUGUUAUAAAGUUGUUUCUUAGAGCAAAUUUUGAAGUAAACAUGUUCAUAACUUAUAUUAUGAAGUGUUCACAACUUCUAUCACAGGGCAACAAAAAUAAGUUGCUAUGAAAAACAGCUUGACUUCUCAGUUCUACCAUUUUUAGCCAACUUAUUUUGCACGUGUCAUCACUAGCAUGGAGAAUUUAAAUUUGAAUUGUCCAUCAUGUUGUCAACACUGUUUUUUAAAAAAAUCUUUUUCUUAUGGUCUGAGUUUAUUUUAAUGUUACCAAAACACAUUAAAAAUGUUAAGGAAAGGCUGAUUAAAUUGAUAAAUAUGUCAAUAUUUUUUCUGGAAUCUAACUCUUACCUUUAUAAAUGGAAAAACUGUC